AUGAAGGAAACUACCAUCAAUAAUAUUCAAUAUGAUGAUAAUGAUUUUGAGCAAGAAAAUAAUAAGCAACAAAAUUCUAAUGAUGUUGUAAUGGAUGAUGAUAAAAAUUUGUCUUCUACUACUAAAUCAAAGUAUUUUGGUUCAUUUAUUUGCAUGCAGAAGAAUGUUGCUGGAGAAAUAAAUUCAAAUCCAAAUAAAGAUAUUAUACAAAAGCUUCAAAUUUUAUAUGAACAUUAUGAAAGAAUGAAAGAUCAUUGGAGAAUGUUGAGUUAUAGAAAAGCAAUUGCAGCUUUAAAAAAAUAUAAUAAACCGAUCACAUCAUAUGAAGAAGCAAGAAAUAUAUUUGGUAUUGGAGAGCGUACAGCUCAAAAGAUUAUGGAAAUCAUUGAAACUGGUCGUUUGCAAAGAAUUGAAAAUUUAGAUGAAGAUGAUGAACUUAUCAAAAAAUUUAUUGGCAAUACCUUGGCUAUGAAAUGGCACGCCAAAGGAUAUAGAACUUUUGAGGAUCUAUUACAAAAUGCGAAAUUAACAUCUGCCCAACGAGCCGGUAUUAUUUAUUAUGAUGAUUUACAAGAAAGAAUUCCAAGAAAUGAAGUUACAGAAAUAUCUAUGUGUAUAGAAAGAUUAGCUCACACUGUAGAUAAAAAUUUAGAAUGUAUAACCGUAGGAUCGUAUAGAAGAGGAAGUAGUAGUUGUGGUGAUAUUGAUAUUAUGAUAACUAAAAAUGAUUCUAAAGGAAAAAAUCAUUUAGGUAUUUUAUCAAAGUUACUCCCUAUUUUGCGUAGAGAGUCUAUCAUCGUGCAUGACCUAGCACAACAUCAUGGUAAAGAAUCGCUUUCAGAAAGGUAUCGUGGUAUUUGUAAAUUACCUGGUGGAAAAAAUCGAAGAUUAGAUUUAUUCACAGUUCCUUACAAUGAAAUCGGGGCAGCUUUAUUAUCUUACACGGGAAAUGAUUUGUUUAAUAGAAGUAUGAGAUUAUUAGCCAGGAAAAAAAAAAUGAGAUUAAAUCAUCAUGGAUUAUAUGGAAAUAUAAUUCGUGGUAAUGGAGCAAUAAAAUAUUCGGAGGGUACUUUAAUUGCUCAAAAAACCGAAAUUGAAAUAUUUGAUGCAUUGGGUGUUCCAUAUAGAUCUCCAGGAGAAAGGAAUUGUUAG